GGGCUCGGCCUCGCCCUGCCGCCCCCCGCCGAGCCGGGCCCCGCCAAAACCAAGAAGCGCGGCGAGCCCGUGCGCAUCACGGCGCCGGAGCUGCCCCGGGGAGAGUCAGAUUCCGAGGAAGAUGAACCAGCAAAGAAGAAGAAUAGUCUUCAGGGUCGCGGUGAGGGCUCCGGUUUGUCUGCUCUGCUUCCUCAACCCAAGAACUCCACAGUGAAAGAGACAAAUCGGGUACUUUUGCCCUACGCUUUCACGCGGAAAGCAACAGAAAAUGCCCCUGAGUCCAAACCGGCCAGGGUCCCAACCUCCUCCUCUAAGACAAAACCCCUGUUCAAGCCAGCAGUGGCCACAACCCCUUCGCCGUCUGCUAUCAAAGCAGCUGCCAAAAGCGCUGCCCUGCAGGUGACCAAGCAGAUCACCCAGGAAGAAGAUGACAGUGACGAAGAGGUGGAGCCCGAGAAUUACUUCUCCUUGUCAGACAAGAGUGAGCCCAGUGUGGUCAGCACGGAGGCAUACAUGUACUCUGGCACUGUGGUGACGGAGGACCCACCCCCAGGCACAGAACCAGAGCCCCAGUUCCAGGAUGCUGCCGCAAAUGCCCCUCUGGAAUUCAAGACAGCUGUGGGUUCAAGCUCCACGCAGCACAGCUGGGCACCCAAGCCUGGUGAAGAGUAUGGCGACCAGUCAUACAAUCAGUUCCCUGGCUACAGUGAUGCCAAUGCUACUGGUGCUUACUACCAGGAUUACUACAGCAGUGGCUAUUACCAGGAGAUGGAGCCAGCCCAGGGACCGCCACAAGAGACUGGCAGUGACUCCUCCUUCAUCGAUGAUGAAGCGUUCAAGCGUCUCCAAGGUAAGCGGAACCGAGGGAGGGAAGAGAUCAAUUUUGUGGACAUCAAAGGAGAUGAUCAGCUGAGCGGCGCCCAGCAGUGGUUGACCAAAUCCUUAACGGAGGAGAAGACCAUGAAGUCUUUCAGCAAGAAAAAAGGAGACCAGCCCACUGGGCAGCAGAGGAGAAAGCACCAGAUCACGUACCUGAUUCACCAGGCGAAGGAGCGAGAACUGGAAUUGAAAAACACGUGGUCCGAAAACAAACUCAGCCGGCGCCAGACCCAGGCCAAAUACGGAUUUUAGCACCUCUCCCCCUGGGGGUAGUAGCCCAGGUGACCUGCUGUGUCAGAUCCCUCCCGGCCCCCCGGGAAGUGACGAGGCCCCUGGACAGAACCCUGUCUGCUGCGUGGGUGAGAGGAUACAGCACUCCCCUGGCCACCAGGAGCAGGGUUUAGUGCGAGCCAUGUCUGUAACCCAACGCUCUGCUCUUUUUAUUUUGAACGACGGUGUAGAAGCUUCCAAUCACGUCUGGUCCGUGCAGCUAGGUUUGCUGUCGCAAAGAGUUGCUGGCCCAUCCGGAGAGAACACCGCUGGUGCCAGGUUGGGAGCUCUCGCCCUGUAGGUACACAGACCUCCGUCUUUCUCUCUUCCAAGUCGCUGCCAGAACUGUAGGCAGAACCUCCAUCUGUUUCAGACUCCACCGUCGCUCCGUUCCGAAAGGCAGCGGGAGGGGGUUUGCAUUGAAAGAGCCUUUCAAGUGUCCCCCCCUUUUUUCUUUGUACCUGAGUGGAUACACAGCUCCUCAUGUGCUAGUGAUGUUGGCAGUUUCCAGAUGUGGCUGAUCUUUUGUGUUUGCUUUCCUAGCCACCUCUGCUGGCAACUUAUGCUGAGGGGAAACGACUACUUGUUUUCCAGGGGCUGCUGGUUA